AGGAGUAAGCGUUGAGUCUCAAGCAACCAUUUGCCGAGGUUUUGCUCAACAGAAACUACAUUUCCCGGAUAUAUUUAGUCAUCAAACGUUGACUGUUUGGCUCAGCCUUGUCUAGAUUGGCUUUCUGCUGCAUAUUGCAGACAGAUGAAAUAAUUAUCGCACCGGAGAAUAUGAACUUUAUGAUGUGAGGACUCCUUCGUGUCAUCCUUGUUGGGACUCAGCAUGGCGCAGGAGGAGGACAAACACAGCCUGAAGGCGAAGUUUGCUGCUGCAGUUAAAGUGAUCCGGAGCUUGCCUGAAGAAGGUCCUUUCCAGCCGUCUGAUGACAUGAUGCUGAUGUUCUAUAGUUACUACAAGCAGGCCACCCUGGGGCCCUGCAGCAUCCCCAGACCAACCGGCUUCUGGGACACCCGUGGCAAAGCUAAAUGGGAUGCGUGGAGCUCUUUAGGAAAUAUGACAAAGGAGGAAGCCAUGAAGAAUUACGUCGAGGACAUCCAGCUGAUUUUGGAGACCAUCCCAAUCUCAGAUGAAGUGUCCGACCUGGUGCAGAAGCUUGGCAACUUCUACACUGAGGUAGAUGGGGAAGGAGAAGAAGCUGGAGAAAAUGAGGUGGACAGGAGACCCUUCACCAGGCCUUUUGCACAACAUGCAGAUGAGCUGGUCAAACCAUUUAAGAAACCAACAAUGGAAGGCUAUGGGGAUCUGUGGGAUGAUAUACAAAACCUCCAAGAAAAUGACAAAGACAGCAGUGUUCAUGGCAUAAGUGUCAGUAGCAAGGAGGCAGAGGGAAGCAAAGAAAGUAGUGAAAUCGAGAGAAAAGAGGAAAGUAGCGAUUGGAAGAACAGUGAGGAAGAGGAGAGUGGGGAUGAAGAAGACAAUACAGACGACGAAGACAAGGAGGAGGAAGAGGAGGAGGAAAAAGACUGGAGUCCUGACCCGACGCUGCUGAUGGUGGAGGACAAGAGGUGGAGGUCUGACACCAGGGGAUCCAGCAGCAGCAUGGAGCCCAGCAUGUCCUCCUUCACCAAUGGGACACACAGCUCCCUCAACAGCGAGAUGGAGGAGGAGGAACUGGCCUGUUCCAUAGAGCCCAGUGUGCAGUAUAACUCCUAUAUGCACUUUAAUGGACACCUGGGGGAUCAUAGCAAUGCUGUUCCUGAGAAGAACCGCCGAUCCACAGACUCAGAUAAUGAGGAAUUCUGUGACUCAAUGGAACAUCUGGCCAUGGAAGAGGUUUGCUGUCCCUACUCCAAAGGGCUGUCUACAUCCAAAAUGCUGUCACCCGGAUUAGGAGCUGCCUCAGCGAGGCAAAAUGAUCUUUGGUUUGAGAGCAACACUAUCCUGAAUGGAGGAGUGGAUCAAGUACUCAUGGGAGAUUCCUACCUUAGAGAAGGGACUAGUACAAGCCAACACAACAGCUCUUUGUCAAGAAGAGGGAGAGGUUCUCAAUCGCCAAGGGCAACCUGCAGCUCACAGCGGUGUGCCAGUGUAGAUGCUGCCUGCUGUUGUGUGUCACAGAGCAAACAUCCUGUCAGUGUUGCCAGGGGAAAUGUCAAUGAGCAAAUAGCUACAGCUCUGCUGAGGCUUCAGCAUGACAUGGCCACUGUGUUGCACAGGCUGCACGCUCUGGAGGCGCUUACAAUAUCACAGUCCAGAUCAUCUUCACCAAGGCAGGAGGACUCCCUACCUGUAGCACAAAAGUUCCUGAGACCCUCCUGGUGGCCUUUUGACUUCUGUCCACUCACAGUGGUGUUGACUGCACUCUGGCCUCUGAUUGCUCAUUGGCUUGUCCAGGUUUACUUACAGCGGAGAAGAAGGAAAAUCCGCUGAAUUGUCUGACAACCGUCUGCAUCAAUCAAAGAACAUGAACCCGGGAUGAAACUGUUGCACUUUUGUUGCUUUGUGGCUUUGUCAAGCCACCGCCACACACGGAGUGUAAUGAGACACCAGUAGAAAUGGAAAGGCCACCUUAGAUAAACAAAUAGUCACACAGGUGUUUAAAGGGAGACUUGGAUUAUGACUUAAUGGAUACAUUUUAGAGGGAAGAUUUAUGCAUUAUAAAUGCUAGCACAUUUUCUUUAUUACAGUUAGCUUAGCAUUAGGUGGUGAUCUUAUUUAUGACAUGUCUCAGAUCACUAGGAAUUCAAUGUACACAUAACUCACAUAACUGAGUCAACUUUAAAUUGAAAUGAAUUCAUGAUCAUACAGUAGCUGUGGACCUUAAGCGAUGGGUUUUCCCCCAUUGUCAUUGCCAGUUAUUUUAUGUAUUGUACAUUUCAUUGUUUAUCUAGGUUUUGUUUAAAAAUUUAAAAAUAUUGUUUUUGUCAAACAAUAUUUUUUCCUGAUAACUAAGGACAUCAGCCUUUUAUUGUCCAAAAUAUAGAAAUAUUUUAGGGGCAUUUCUUUUUAGACCAAAUAGACAUGGUGACAAAUAUGGUUAUUUAUGUGUAAAAGUGUAUAUUUAUUGUAUGGCUUCAGUGCAAUAGUAUCAAAGAUUGCACUUUUGCAAAAAAGUGAGCUACAGAGUAAGGACAAUCUAUAUAUUUAUUCUUGUGUCAUGUCAGCUAUACAGUGAAAAUGAAGAAGAAUACUCUGUUUACGCAAGGGUGUCGUGCUUUAAAAUAUACAGGUGUAAAACACAAGUAUAUGAAGCAAAUUCUGACACCCAAUAAACACAUUCUUGGGACAAACACA